UUCGCCAGCGUCCGCUGUUUCUCCCCAAACGCCCAAACAACAACCGAGCUCAGAGGCAGACACCAUCCACAGCCAGAAGUGUUAGAAGCUUUUAAGAUUUCGCUGCAAAAGUGACCGGUAAAAAAUCUCUUGUGCGGCUCCUACCUGCUAGUCUGUUUUUCCAGUUACCUAUUAUCUGCGUCUUCAAAGAGCAGUGAAAGUGAUAAAAAAUUGCAAAUUCGAUUCGCAAAAUGGCCACCUUCGUCCCUUACGCCCUUGCCCUUUUGCUGGCUCUCAGUACGGCUAAUGCACUCAAAUGCUACAAUUGCAACUCCAAAGACAGCGCCACUUGUUCUUGGGGCCUGACCUCCUUCACUUACAACACCGAGGAGUGCGCAAGCGCUGGUCUGUUGGACAGCGUGAUUGGCCCAAAAUGCUACAAGAUCGCAGCUGAAAACAAGGAGGGUGGGGAAUACAUCGCCAGGGGAUGCUUACCACCAGGCACCAUCGGUUGUAACGCCAUCGCUUCGGCCAUAGGUUGGAUCUCUUCCCAGUCCAGCAACGAUGCAGAUAGCUUGAAGAACCUCAACUGCUACACUUGCGAUUCCGACAAGUGUAACUCCGCUCAAAGACUCACCGGAGUCACCUUUAUUGGGCUCAUCUUGGCAGCCGCCAUUUUCCUCUUUUAAGUAACACAUUCCUAAAUAGGUACGUGAUGGGUUGCUGGGACGGGGAAUUUGCACUUGCGGACUGGUAUUUACUCUUCUUUUUAUUCAGAUUAUACUUUGAAAACAAUUUUAUGGUUAGUUUUUGCUCAAAAUAAGUUCGUGGCUCGUCAGUACUAUUGGUUGAUGAUGUAGUCAUAAAAUUGUAAUUGAUUUUUCUCAUUUUUGUACAAUUUGGUCGUUUUUGCAAGUUCUCUGUAACGUCAAGUUAGAUGUGCUGGUCUAUAAUUUUAAAUUGUAGGUUUAUUUUAAGUUAUAAGUAAGACAAUAUUCCAUAUUUCUGAUUUUCUUUCAAAUGCGUUGUUUUUGGUAAUGAAAAACUUUGUAGAUCUGCAAAAUCUUGUUCCCUUCGUCGAAUAUUGUGACUGUGACAUAUCCAACUCGAUAUUUUAAUUGUUAGUGUUGCCCAAAGUUACCAUUAUCUGUCCUCAAUCCAACCAUUUCUUUUAUACCUUUGUACCUAUAUUCCGUUUUUUGAAGGAGUUUGAUAAUAAACCAUCUCAUUCUCUUAUUAAUUUUAAUUUGAAAUGUAUAUUUGGAUCAUUACUAUGCUCACAAAGAGAUACAUAUAUACAUUUAAAAUUUUUAUCCAUAUCCACUAUAGAUUGAUAUUCUGCUAUAUACCAAAACCAUAUUUUUAUAUUGUACCAGAUUUUAUAACUAUAUUCGUUUUGAAAUAUAUAUAUAUAUAUAUAAUAUAUAUCCAGGUGUCUGCAAAGACAUGUCUUUAUGAAAGGCAAUAAAUGUUGCUUACUGUGACUUUUAAUCGUAGAGUAUUGAGAAUUUCUUGGGUAUAAAUUUUUUAUUAUGUUAUUGAAAAUGCUGCGCUAGUUAGAAAUAUGAAUAUUCAUGUUUUUUUGUUAAUAUAAUGGAAAAUUAAUAAACACUUUUUGGUUA